UCCUUUGAGAGAAUUCUAACCCACAUCUUUCAGAUUAUCAAAAACCCAUUUCAAAUAAGAACUCAUCAUUUCUCCCUUCCUUCUUUGGUAGAGAGAAUUAUAAUUACUUUUUUUUUAAAAAAAAAAAGAAAAAAAUGGCAGUUAGCACUGUCUACACUGUCCAAUCUCUCCACUCAAAUUGCUCAAUCUCAACUCCGGCCAAAACCCACAUAGGAUUUCACCAAAAACAAGUGGUUUUCUUCUCCUCCGGCAAGAAAACCAACCGGAGAUCAGGCAACACGACCAUAACAUGUGCUGCCGACGGGAAGACUAUUGUAAUUGGACUUGCUGCUGAUUCUGGUUGUGGAAAGAGUACAUUCAUGAGGAGACUGACUAGUGUUUUUGGAGGGGCGGCUGAACCACCAAAAGGAGGGAAUCCAGAUUCAAACACUUUGAUUAGUGAUGUUACAACUGUGAUCUGUUUGGAUGAUUAUCAUUCUUUGGAUAGAACUGGAAGGAAAGAAAAAGGUGUCACUGCUUUGGAUCCAAAAGCAAAUGAUUUUGAUCUUAUGUAUGAACAAGUUAAGGCUAUUAAGGAAGGAAUUGCUGUUGAUAAACCUAUUUAUAAUCAUGUUACUGGUCUUCUUGAUCCGGCUGAGGUUAUUAAACCACCUAAGAUUCUUGUCAUUGAAGGAUUGCAUCCAAUGUAUGAUGCACGUGUGAGGGAUCUAUUGGACUUCAGUAUCUAUUUGGACAUAAGCAAUGAUGUUAAAUUUGCUUGGAAAAUUCAGAGAGACAUGGCCGAGAGAGGACACAGCCUUGAAAGUAUCAAGGCAAGUAUUGAAGCUCGAAAACCCGACUUCGAUGCUUACAUUGACCCACAAAAGCAAUAUGCAGAUGCAGUUAUAGAAGUAUUACCAACCCAACUAAUCCCAGAUGACAAUGGUGGAAAAGUUUUAAGAGUUAGACUUAUAAUGAAAGAAGGCAUAAAGAAUUUCAAUCCAGUCUAUCUCUUUGAUGAAGGCUCCACCAUUUCAUGGAUUCCAUGUGGAAGAAAACUCACUUGUUCUUACCCAGGCAUCAAAUUCACAUAUGGACCAGACACUUACUUUGGCCAAGAGGUAUCUGUGUUGGAGAUGGAUGGUCAGUUUGAUAGAUUAGAUGAACUAAUCUAUGUUGAGAGUCAUUUGAGCAAUUUGUCAUCAAAGUUCUAUGGAGAAGUUACUCAACAAAUGCUGAAACAUGCUGAUUUUCCGGGAAGUAACAAUGGAACUGGAUUUUUUCAGACUAUUGUUGGUUUGAAGAUCAGAGAUCUUUAUGAACAAAUUGUUGCUAGUAGAGCUUCUGCUCCUGUUGAAGCUAAAGCUUGAGGAAGGAGGAUGAGAUGAAAGAAGAAUUUCCCAUCAUUUUUUUUUGCUUUUUCUUGUUCAGAAUUAUAUUCUCUUAAUUUCAUCUUUUCAUAGAAACUCUUUGAUCAGCUUGUAUCUAUUUGCUGUUGUUAUUAAGACAUAAUGUAAUAUAUGAGAAUACAAAAAAUAAUAAUUCCUAUUUUUCUUCUAUUU